AUGCCACUGCUACCGCCGCCGCCGCCGCCGACGGCGCCUCCCGGGCGCGGGAGGCGGAGACUGGGCAGCCGACGGAGGCGACGAUCAAAGAGGAGGAACUGGGCAGAGCUGCCCCUGGACGUGAUGCUCUACGUCCUCCACAAGCUGGACGACGUCGAGCUCAUGUUCGGCGGCGCGGCCAGGGUGUGCCGCUCCUGGCACGACGCCGUGUGCGAGCCCGAGCUGUGGCGCCGCGUCGACAUGCGCGGCCGCUCCCGGCGCUUCCGGGAGACGGUCAGCCUCAACAAGGUGACGCAGCUCUCCAUUCGGUUCAGCGCCGGGCAGUGCCGAGAAUUCUUCGGCCAGCAGGACCUCGACAACGACCUCCUCCUCUUCCUGGCCGACCGGUAAGAUUCCUUCCCGUUCGUGAUCCCCAAACUCGCACCUGUACUUCUUGGGAAUCUGGUUAUUUCGUUGUCCGUCCUUCCUUGAUUUUGUACAAAACGUAUUCUGAAAUUACUGCUAUGCAUUGCUUGGUGUUCAUGCAGUAAGUUUUUUCUCACCGCCAAAUAGGAGAAGAAACAAAAAAGAGAAAGGACGUGGCUAGAUCUCAGCCGACUAGAUUUAAUCAAGUGACAUAACAUAUUUUUUCGCAUAGAUCUCCACGUAAAAUCUCACGAAUAUAGCAUCGACUAAGACUUGGUUAAGUCUCGACUGAGAUUUAGCAAUC